AUCUUCCACGUGUAUUUCAUGGUCAGGCGCAUUUUGUACCAGCUAGGAGGUGUUCAGAGCAUAAGUGCUUUGCCCGGAGACCCGACGUUCAACCAAAUGAAUAAUCAUUAUGACGUCGCUUCAUACAAAAGGAUAUGUGGCGAGUUCGGCAUAGACCCCUCAAGCGACUUUAGGUUUACUUCGGGUGCAAAUAGUGGUUUGGGGGUGUUGUAUGUUAAGACUUGGGGGGAAUCGCCAACAAAAACAGAUUAUAAGUAUCCUGAUUGGAACAAGUUUAGCGACGAAGGUGGAAAACUGAUUAAGGGGAACCUUACCGAGUUUAUACGGCCCGAUGUUUUUGGAGAUCCGCAGUUCGACUGGUUUGCACCCAACACCGCGAAUGGUUUGAUGCAGGUAGGGUUGUCGAGAAUCAACCAGUCAAUCGAGGCUUUCGUUUACUGCAUCCUGGGUGCGCAAGUCAACGUCCGCAGCAGCAUUCUCGGCUCAGGUGGCCGGGCGAAAGAAGCCCAAAGCGAGUUCCUAGUGUUGAUGGAAGAAGCGAUCAGACAGCCCGACUUGGCCAAGAGUGUGCAAAGGUACCAGCUCACGGUGGAUCAAGCGAAGGUCAGGCUCAAUCUCGCUGUAGCCCCCAUGGCCUGGCUCAUGCCUGUGCAAAUGAUAAUAAACACUGCAAGCACGGUCGGUUACAACAACAAGCUGAAACAGGCGGUCUCUAGGAUGAAACUUGGGGUGAACAACCAGGUAAACCUGGGGACAAAAAAAGCUGGGCUCAAACUAAUGGCAGGCGGCCCGUCAAAAAUUAACCCACCCAACAGCCAUCUGUCCAACCCGAUACACAAAGCCGCAACAGCCGAAUCAAGGAAACCAGCUCCGUCCGAAACUCAGCAAGCACGGCCAACGGCACAAAAAAUAGAGCCCAUGGCUACAGAUAAAACGUCACAACACGAAAUAAACAAAACGGCAGUAAUUGUCGGUGUAGUUGGAUUAUCGGCUUUGCUGUUCAUGGCUGGGCGGUAAGUUAACGCUGCUUCUUAAAAUAUUUUUCGAACAAAAAGGCCACUGUGGCAAGAAUGAGCAGCCAGGUGUGCUCAGCCAGAAACCCGAUGACUUGGCCGGCGGCUCUGAACAGGAAGCUCACGAUCGAGCCAAUCAGCCCAGGCAGCAGAGAACCGAGUUUCACGGUGACAUCUUUGAGGCCAUUUCCCAAAGCUUUGCCGGUGGCUUUCAAACCUCUG